AAUAAAAACUGGGCAUAUUCCCAUUACAAGAGAAGGACAAACUCCAGGAGUAGCAGCUGAAAUCUGUGUGACUGUUGAAGAUGGAGUUUAUUAAAGAAGAGAUUGAAGACAUGAGUGAUCCAGAACCAUCCAGAAAAAACCCCGAAGAUACUGAGGAACAAAUAGACCAGAUGAGCGUUAAAGAGCAAAGACAAGAACUGAAUGCAGUGGAGGAGGAACAUCGUAACUGUACAAUUCAAAGAACAAAAGCCAAAAAGACGCACACCUGCACUCAGUGUGGAAAGAGUUUCUCAUGGAAAGGAAACCUUAACAGACACAUGAGAAUUCACACUGGAGAGAAACCGUUAACAUGCACUCAGUGUGGAAAGAGUUUUUCUCAUUCAUCAAAUCUCAGUGUUCACCUGCGCAUUCACUCUGGAGAAAAGCAAUUUAACUGUGGUCAGUGUGGUAAAGAUUUUAUUUCAUCAGCAAAUCUAAAACAACACCUGAAAGUUCAUUCAGAUGAGAAGCAUGUGUGUUCUCUCUGUGGAAAGAGUUUUUCAUGGCUGAACAGUUUUAAACUGCACCAGAAAACACAUCAUGGAAUGGGAGAUUAUAUGUGCUUUGACUGUGGGAAGAUAUUUACUAGAUCUGAGCAUCUGAAACGGCAUGAACAAGUUCAUACUGGAGAAAAACCUUACAAGUGCUCAUAUUGUGACAAGAGUUUCACUCAGUCUGGACACCUGAAAUCACACGAGCGAGUUCACACUGGAGAGAAGCCACACGACUGUACUCAGUGUGGAGAGAGUUUCACAGAGAAAGCAACCCUUAACCAACACAUGAGAAUUCACACUGGAGAGAAACCGUAUACAUGCACUCAUUGUGGAAAGAGUUUUUCAUGGCUGAAAAGUUUUAAACGGCACCAGAAAACACACAAUGAAGUGAGAGAUCGUGUGCUUUGACUGUGGGAAGAGCUUUACUAGAUCUGGUGAUCUGAAACGGCAUCAACGAGUUCAUACCUU